AUUAGAAAAUCCGCCCCCUUUUUUUCUCAUUCUCAGCUGGUUACAUUUUUGGGGGGAUUGACUGCGACAGCUGCCAAUGUGUUGUUGAUCUUCGUGAAGUUCGGACCAAACCGAAAGAAUGCCGCUGGCUCGCAGCCUCUCUGUCACGUCCCUGUCAGGACUGGAGGAGUGGGACGAGGAGUUUGAUUUGGAGGACGCUGUUCUUUUUGAAAUUGCAUGGGAGGUCGCUAACAAAGUUGGAGGCAUCUACACCGUCAUCCAGACCAAAGCCCGUCUGACCGCAGAGGAAUGGGGGGAGAACUAUUUCCUGGUGGGCCCUUAUGUGGAGAGCAACGUACGCACUCAGGUGGAGCUGAUCGAGCCCACCAACCCCGUGCUGAAGAGAACCAUUGACAAGAUGAACUCCAGUGGGUGUAAGGUCUACUUUGGGCGCUGGCUUAUUGAGGGCAGUCCCUAUGUUGUUCUGAUCGAUGUUGCGUUUACCGCCUGGUCUCUUGACAGCUGGAAGAGGGAAUUGUGGGACCUUUGUGACAUCGGCGUGCCAUGGUUUGACCGUGAGGCCAAUGAUGCCGUUCUGUUUGGCUUCCUGACUGCCUGGCUACUGGGAGAGUUUGCAGCCCAGAGUGAGGAGCCUCCGCACAUCGUGGCCCAUUUCCAUGAGUGGUUGGCCGGCCUGGGCUUAGUGUUGUGUAGACAUAGAAAGCUGCCCGUCGCAACCAUCUUCACCACUCACGCCACACUGCUGGGACGAUACCUGUGUGCUGGAAGUGUGGACUUCUACAACAAACUUGCAGAUUUCAACUUGGAUAAGGAAGCAGGCGACAGGCAGAUUUACCACCGCUACUGUUUGGAGCGGGCGGCUGUGCACUGUGCUCAUGUCUUCACCACUGUGUCACAGAUCACAGCCAUUGAGGCAGAGUACCUGCUCAAGAGGACACCAGACAUUGUCACUCCCAAUGGGCUCAACGUGAAGAAGUUCUCAGCCGUGCACGAGUUUCAAAACCUCCACGCUCAGAGCAAGAAUCGGAUUCAGGAGUUCGUCAGGGGACACUUCUACGGGCACCUCGACUUCAACCUGGACAAGACUUUGUUCCUGUUCAUCGCUGGAAGGUACGAGUUCACCAACAAAGGAGCCGACAUCUUCUUGGAAGCUUUAGCCAGACUCAACUAUCUACUUAGGGUCAAUCACAGUGACGUGACCGUCGUUGCGUUCUUCAUCAUGCCGGCUCGGACAAACAACUUCAAUGUGGAGACCUUGAAGGGCCAAGCAGUCAGGAAACAGCUCUGGGAUACUGCUCAGACUGUGAAGGAACGUUUCGGAAAGAAACUCUACGAGUCACUUCUUGUUGGACAACUGCCGGAUGUGUCAAAGAUUCUGGACAAAGAGGAUUUUACCAUCAUGAAGCGCGCCAUCUUCGCCACUCAGAGGCAGUGCCAGCCUCCAAUCUGCACCCACAACAUGCUGGACGACAGCAGCGACCCCAUCCUGAACUGUGUCCGCCGUAUCGGCCUUUUCAACAGCUCUGCUGACCGUGUCAAGAUUAUCUUCCAUCCUGAAUUCCUUUCGUCCACCUCUCCUCUACUUCCGAUGGAUUACGAGGAGUUUGUAAGAGGCUGCCACCUCGGUGUCUUCCCCUCUUACUACGAGCCUUGGGGCUACACACCAGCUGAGUGCACAGUCAUGGGAAUUCCGUCAAUCUCAACGAACCUGUCAGGCUUUGGCUGUUUCAUGGAGGAGCACAUAGCAGACCCCUCGGCAUACGGUAUUUACAUCCUGGACCGUCGGUAUCGGGGUGUCGACGAGUCGUGUAACCAGCUCACGUCCUUCCUGUUUCAGUUCUGCAAGCAGAGCCGGCGCCAGCGGAUCAUCCAGAGGAACCGGACUGAGCGUCUGAGCGAACUCUUGGACUGGAGAUACCUCGGCAGGUAUUAUAUAUCUGCCCGUCACAUGGCCCUGGCUAAAGCCUUCCCUGACACUUACAUGUAUGAACUUCACGAGCCCACCUCAACCUCAGGUUUCCGGUACCCUCGACCAGCCUCUGUGCCUCCGUCUCCAGCUCUGUCCCGCCACUCUUCCCCCCGCCACAGCGAGGCCGAGGACAACGACGAAGAGGAACGCUAUGACGAGGAUGUGGAGGCGGCAAAGGACAGGGUGAACAUCCGCCAGCCCUACGCUCUGCCAUUCAAAAAUAAGUCUUCUGCUGUCCCGGGGGCCGAUGGAAACGGCGAUGAUGACGAGAUGUAGAAAAACUGAGAUAUGCACAAACACACACGUAUACGUACAUGCUGAACGUCACUCGUGAAACUUUAUCUGCGGAAAUCGUUUAAAGUCAUCCAUGUAAUUUAUAGUUGUGUGAAUACAAGUGAUUCAUUUAAAAUCGGCUUGUUGUGAGAAUUGCAUCACUGUCGGUGUCUUUCCAACCUGUUUGUACAUCAGAAUUUUUAGGAAAUAUCUGUCUGUUGAUAUAUUUUGGUAUUGUUUCAGUUCCACCAGCAGUGCAACCAGUGGUUUGCUUUGAGGAGUAAAUGCAGCAGCUAGAAAGGGCUAAACGACAGCUCAAUAUUGAAAACAAAUCAGGAUUGCUGGAUUUUGUUGUGUACUACUAACACUGUAGGUCGAACACAUUGUAACAAUAAUAGAAGAUUAUUUUGAGAAGCUGGAGGGUUUUAAAUACUUGAUUCAAAUGUGAGUCGAAGCAGGGAAAGAACACAACCCUCCUUUAUACCAGAGGGUCAGCUGGGCACUAUCAAAGCUAUUCUCCUGGUUUAAAAAAGGCUCAUGUGGAAACUUUGAGUACAGAAGUACGACAAUGAUGAUGAUGAUGAUACGACUUGAAUGCGACUGUCCACCCUGUAGCAUCCUUUUCUUUCUUUAAAAUGCCUUGUUUACUACACAACUUCCUAGAGUGAACAUAUAAUACACAACAACAAAUAGCAACAGAAACAAAAGGUUUUCCUCAUUCUGAGAAUACUGUGUGUGUGUUUUCAUUUCUGUUCUGUGCCUUAUUGUAUGAAAGCCCUUCAGUGGCAUCACAAACAAACUCAGACUCUUUUAAUGUCCGCGCUUGUGUGGAUUAUUCCUGGGUUUGCCUGUUUUGACAAGUAUUACAUUAUGAAGGGAAUAAAAGGGAAACAGAAAGGAGGGAAAAGGGACUGCGAUGGUAACAAUGUUUUCAGGGAAAGAAUAUAAGAGAUGGCUGGCAAAUAGAGAUUAUUUUACGUAUGAUCCCCCUCCCUGUAGGAGUUUUAUCACGUGUCAAUCUUGUACCAGAUUAACUAAUAAAGUUUAAAUAUGUAUA